AAGUUUUUCGGAAAACAUUUCGGCGUUAAAACGAUCAAGAGCAGGAUCAUCACGAAACUCAAGGGAAUGUUAUCGGAGAGGAAACGAUACAAUGAGGAGUCACUCAUCGCAUUAGGUAUGACGGCCCAAAUGGGAAAAAGUCCUUCAUUCAGUGAUUUGCAGUCAGCACAAUAUACCUUCUCUAGUGUUCAUUUUCAUUUGAUGGCUACUGUCAAUGGGGAAACUGACUGUAUGUUGGUUCCAUCAGUGGAAGGCUGUGGACCACUACAAAGGCCGCUAUGUGUGCAUUGGUUGAACAACAAAGAGCUCGACUUCACCGUCGGUGCGGAAAGAGUGCUUACGGAAGUGAUCCAUUCAGAUGGUCAUUCCGUCAGAAAAUCUCCGACUGCGAGUCCGAUAGAACUGGCCGAGGGUGCUAUCUGGCAUAAUAGUGAAUAUUCAGAAUCCGGAGACUGGACUAGCAGUGUUCUUGAUAAAAUUUACUCGGAAACAACUUCCUCCAAAGACGCCCUUGACGUUAAACUUGAAGUUCUGCUGAGACAAUGGAGUAAAUCUAGUGAUAUCCUCUUCGCAAUUCAUCCAAUAGACGGUAGUCUGCUGAUAUGGUGA